AUGGAUUGCUGUAGCAGUAGCAGUGCCAACUACCUGGACUACAGACAUCACUCAAUGAACAAUAACUUUUGCUACCCGUACACGCCCAGCAUGCUGCGAAGUGCGUCACCAUACCCGAUGGCGGCCGGUGGUGGCCGCAGUGGCAGCGGCAGCAGCAGCACUGGCGGUAUGGGCGGUUAUCACGACAAUGGUGGCUACGAGAAGUACUACGGUUCCGGCUACCACCAUCAUCCACAUCAUCCGCAUCAUCCGCAUCAUUCAGCUGGCAGCAUGAUGGGUUCUCUGGCCUCCGGUCACGGUGUUGGUGGUGGUGGUAGCUAUGGUUCGUCCGGUUACUAUGGUAGCUACUCGUCUUCCUAUCGCGAGUACGGUGGCUACAAUCACUAUUACCAGCACCAUCAUCAUCAUCACCAUCAGUCGCAAUCACCGUACUCGCGCGGUGGUCUCGGUGGAAUGCCACCUGGCUAUGGCCCGGGGGGAGGUGGUGGUGGCGCAGGAGGCUAUCUGUAUCCUCCCGGCCACCGACACAUGGCUAGUGCGAAUCCUUCCGCAUAUCCAUUCCACCAUCACCUGCAGCGCGAUCCGCAUCAUCAGUAUUCGAGCUUCGCUAACUACGGCAACGGUAGCAGCAUGACAGCAACGUCCUAUCGCACAGCAGCAGCAGCAGCAGCACCAUCAUCAUCAGCACGGUUAUUCGACAUCCCAAGGCUUCGGUCACAAUGA